AUGGCGCGCAUCUUCAUCACCGGUUCCUCCGACGGGAUCGGCUCCCAAACAGCCAAGCGCCUGAUUGAGAAGGGCCACCAGGUUGUUCUUCACGCGCGCAACCCGCAGCGCGCCAAAGACGCCAGCGCCGCCUGCCCCGGCGCCGAGGAGGUGCUGGUGGCCGACCUGACCAGCCUCGAGGAGACGAAGCAGCUCGCCGCCGCCGCCAACAAGCUCGGCACCUUCGAUGCGGUGCUGCACAACGCGGGCCUGUACCUGGGCAUGGAGAAGGUCCCUGGCAAGAGCGGCAUGCCCUCGCUGUUCUGCGUCAACACGCUGGCGCCAUUCGUGCUCGCCUCACUCAUGCACAAGCCCAAGCGCAUCGCUUUCAUCUCCAGCGGCAUGCAUUACAGCGGGCGCCCGCGGCUAGACGGUGGCCUGGAGAGUAGCAACUACAGCGACAGCAAGCUGCACAAUGUCAUGCUGGCCAAGGCGUUUGCGCGGCGCUGGCCCGGCAUCGAGAGCAACUCGGCCGAUCCGGGCUGGGUGCCCACCAAGAUGGGUGGCUCGCACGCGCCGGACGACCUGAAUGCCAGCAUUGACGAGUUUGUCAUGUUGGCGCUGGGCGAAGGCAACGCGAAGGGGCAGACAGGCAAGUAUUUUGUGAACUCGAGGCUUACUGCGCCGGCGAAGGUCGCGGAUGAUGUUGGCCUGCAGGAUCGCCUAGUGAAAGAACUGGAAAGGAUCAGUGGAGUCACCAUGCCGAAGUAG